AUGCGCUGGAUAGAGAAGUUUGAUGAUUUACGUCUGGACAUAGUUGGUAUCAUCGCCGUGCUCGGAGAGGGAUCUGUGACAAGAAACGCGCAAGUCACCGGGUUGACAUGGUGGUCAACCAUUCCAAGGCUUCUCCCAGCGCCACAAGCAUUACUUGAACAUGAACGAAAAUAUCGCCUGCCCACAGCCACAGGAGUCGUCGCUGGCGCGUACUCCGGUACGAUAAAGAAAGAAAUCAACUUUUUUGCCCAAUUACUACAUCCAAAACAACUGGCGGACUACGAGGUCGAGCUUGUCCAAGUAACGCGACGAAAGCAACAGGUGCGUUCAUUUGGCCCGAAACAAUACGGCCCGUUGUUCUUCGUCUCGUGGCUAGGGUUUGCCAUGGCUACGGGACUGAUAGCUCUGUCCGUAUACUACAAAGAUGGGUUCUCCUUGUUGGCGACCAUCAUGCUUUCAAUGGUGAGUUCGUUUGCGGGAUUGGGCACGCAUUGGGAUUUGGUGUUUCAGGAACCCACCCUUGAUGCUAAGCGUGACAAAACGUUGCCUAGAAGCGAUGUGUUGAUAUAUUAUCCAAAUGGAGCCAUCCGAGUUAUUCGAGCGGAAUCUGAAAAGGUGGCACGACUAUAUUUCCAAACAGAGCAUGCUGAAUAUAUCAUCGAUGAUACGCCUUAUCGAACUUUAGCUUUGCUCUCAACGAUUAUGCUUAUGGGCGGAGUGGUGUCACUAGCCAAUUCUCAGAACAUCCUUCAAGUUGCCUUUGUAGCCACAUAUUUCACGCUGAACGCGGUGUACUGGGCGGUGUCUGCGUUGAAUCCGUUCACAUUCCAUUGGCAACAUGCUUAUAAAGUUGACGUUCUUCCAAUCAAACGACCGACAGAGCUCAGCACGGAGCAAGAUAGACUGGGCGGAACUGCCGAACUGAAAAUGAAGGUCAAAAAGUUGUGGCAUCGCUUUCAAAAUGCGUGGGUACUCUCCAAGAGACAAGAUCGGGCUAAGACAAUGGUCCCGACAGAAGCAAGAAACUUUACCGCAGCAUUAUGGACAGCAAUCGCCUUGACAGGUACAACUCAAUGGUUGAACGAAGCGACAGCCAUAGCACCCAUGAACGAUGUUUGGAGGGCUUGGCUUGCAGAGGCUGAGGAGCACAUUACAACCUAUGAUAAAUGGGAAGGACGCUUCAAGCUCCACCGACGGCCCCGCAUUGCAACGGGGUUGGAUUGGACCUUCACAGCAGCGACUUCGAAGCAUAAAGAGGAAGCCUUGCAAAGACGGCAAAUCAUGAUCGCGUCGUGGGACUAUCAAGGCGCGCUCACCAGGAUCCUAGCCGAGUAUGCAGGACAGACCCGAAAACCCAAUCCAGAUGAGACUGAGGACGAGGAUGAGGUGGAUGAGCUAUCUUCUGCUUCCGAAAAGAGUACUGCUUUUCCGAGGCCAGUCCUUGAAGUGUAA